GGACACGUUAGUGUCAUCUGAGGUGCAUAUCUUAUUAAUCAUCAUCUCGCGUAACAUCAGGCGAGAACACAGUUUGCUCGUGCGACAAAGAAAAAUUUCAGUUGUCAGCUUGUCUUUUUGAUAGACAAGCUUUUUCCAAAGAAGUAACAGUCUAAUUAUUCUACAAAAAUAUCUCCAAACAAACGAGUUAAAUUUUUCUUUUAUUGAGUCAAUUGGUAAUAAUGCAGUGCUAAACAACCAUGAAAAAUUGUUGUCGUUAUAUCAAUCAAUUCAGUGAUGAAAAAAGUCUCAAAGAAGACACUGAUGGCAUCAAAAGGCGGGAACAGCGGGGUCGACAGUCAUUCGAGCUCGUCCAACUCCUCAUGCGGGACUGUGGCAAUUCCUAGUACUAGCGGAUCUUCGGCACAACUAAGUGGCGGAAGCACCGCCAAAUGUUCGGAGUUUGGAAACCGAAGACCGAAAUAUGGAAACAGAAACAAUGGUGGAACGGCAGGAACUAAGUUCAAUUACAAACAGCAUAUGUGCCGGACUGGUGGCAACAUUUCAAGUGGACAGAAGAAGGGAGCUAAUGGAAAUCAAGACCAAGAAAUUCUAAUCGACAGGGAAACUGAACUUAACAAUGAAAUCGAAGGCAUGCGGAUAUCUAGGAAGACCAAUUUGUCGCACCUGCUUAACUUCAAAUUUGCAAACAGCGCUAAUCAAGAUUAUGGGGAUGACUAUGGAGGAGGGUAUUUGACUCAAUUCAUUGCAAGAGGGCCGUACAAGAAAUCAUACGACAAGUACCAGUUUAUACAGGCCAAUUGUAAAUUCCAAGUGGACGAAUCAUGUGAAGAAAUCUACUCGCCCGAUUCUUUCAUUGACUGGGAGAAGGUGGUUGAAGUGCAGCUGUUGACGCCGGAUUUCGCCUACUGCGCCAUCUGCCUGGAGCAGCCAACUGCACCCAAGAUCACCAAAUGCGGACAUGUUUAUUGCUAUGCAUGUGUACUCCAGCUUUUGUGUCUUUCGGAGAAGAAGUGGGCCAAGUGUCCGAUCUGCUUCGACGCAGUCUCCGAGAAAGACGUGAGGUGUGUGAGGAGUCUCAACAUGAAGCUGUUCAAGAUAGGAGACACCAUCUCACUCCGACUCAUGACUCGACUGCGCAACUCGAUCAAAGUCACCCCCAAAGUGUCGGACGUGAUAAAGCAGCAGGAUGGCAAUGCUGACUGUCAGAAACCAGAAUCCGAAGGUGAUGUUGGUUCGAAAGCGGAUGCCUCUGCAAACGUAUCUCCGUCGGCGCCUUCGACAGGUGUCGUGUCCACUGGAGCACAUGUAAAUCUGGACAAAGUGACCAAGUUAAAUCUGGCACAACAGGUUGCCUUUGUCUACAAGCCAGUGUUGGAUUGUCUCAAAGUCAGAGCUUUGGACGAUACUAACGAGGAGGUCGAAAAGAAAUUCAUUGAUCUCGCCAUAACGAAAACAGAACAAACUAUUGUCGACAUUGAAACGAAGAUUAAAGAGCAAGACCACCAGGACUUGCAGGCCGAAAAAGAUGAAGAAGUUCCAUUGAACCCUCUGCCUCAAAGCAAAUUUACGACAAAAUGGGUGAAGGAAUUGGGUGCUGUGGGAGAUAGUGGAAAUAGUGGGGGCGUCGGAGGGGGAGGAGGAGGAACUGAAAAGUACCUGUUCUAUCAGAGCGAAGAUGGUCAAAUGAUUUUCGCGAAUGCAUUUACCAUCAAGUGCAUGUUGAAGGAGUAUGGAUCUCUGGACAACUGUCCCCCCUUAGUGAGUGGCCAGAUCGUGGACUUGUGUGAGGUGAGGGUGGAUGAGUCAUUCCGCUCCUCCCACCGCUUCCUCGCCCACCUCCCAUUGGCUACUGUUGUCACUUUUGCAGAAUUGGAUCUCAGACCCCCAGUGGUGUCGAGACUCACUCUGAAACACUUCGCAGAGGAAAUUCGACUGCGAAAGGAGGAAAAGGACCGGAAGAGAAAAGAGGAGCGAAAGCGGGAGAGGAAAAUCAACCGGGAGAUGGAGCGGAAGAUGUAUCCUGGAUAUUCACAGACCAGCUACGAGCCAGAAGAUGAAGAUGAGUUCAACAUGCUGGAACAACUGAAGGCGAUCGAGGAGAAUUUUCCAUCCGUGUCUGGAUCUUCAGGAGGGGGAGUUGUGGCAGAGGGGAGUAAUCAGAGCGUGAAUAAUGAAAGGGGAUCACCUAAGGCUGCAGAAGAGAGGAAUAAGGAAAAUAAACCAAGAACUUCAGUUAGCGAUGUGUGGGAUAGCGGUGAAGCCAUAGGUAGUAGUGACCUGAACAGCUCGUCCAUAGGAACCACUUUCCCAGGAGCUCAGUUCACCUCAUUUGCAGACAUGCUUCUAUGUGCAAGUCCACCCAGUCAGUCAGCGUGGCCUGUAGCUAAACGUAGUAGCGGUGCUGGACUGACUCCAAGGGCAGUUAGUGAAGUGCAAAGUAGACAGGGUUCGUGUAAAAUGACAUACGCUCAGCGAAUGGAGGCGAUGGAGAAGGAAGAGGAGAAGCAUGGAGAGUCACAGCAGCUGCUGUUCGCUUUCGAUCACGUGGACUCCUCAUCUUUGUCUGUUGCUGAUCACGUGGUGGGUGGAGUAGAGCACCUUCUAGCCCCUCCGUCCCACAAUGACGCUUUCAGUAUGGCCUUCCAACAAGCACUCUUCAAACAAGCUGGCAAAGAGAAAGGAAAGAAAAAGAAGAAAGGAAACAACAGCUUCAGCCAUCUGAACCAAUCCUAAAACUGAUCGCAACUAUCUAACAUACGCAAGACUCGUGAUUAAUUACUUAAGUUAACUUGCUCACUCAACCAUUAUCAUGACUUACUUCACCUCCUUAGAACCAAUUUUCCCCUUUAAAAACUUGGUCCUUGUCUAACCUUCUUGGCUAAUUGGGAAUUUGAAAUUGAAUCGUGUAGUUAAAUUUGACACAAAAAGCAUUGCAUUAUUUUAUUUUUUGACAAUUUUAUGGGAGGGGAAUAAAAAAAGAGAUGUUUUUCUGGAUUAAUCGGAACCUUGGCCCCCUAAAUAUCUUUGUUUUAAAACAUUAUGCGCGGGACUUUAAACUGUGACUCCAAACCUUAGAUAUUCCUUAAUAGAAUUGUAGCGUGAAUUUAUUUGCUUGUAUUUUCCCAUUUCUGUUAACUUCAUUACUGGAUUAUAAAAUUAUCACAUGA